UCCCUCCCUGUAAUUCUGCAUUCAGUGCACUGAGCACAGUGUGGGGAGAGGUGGAGGGAGCUUGUCUCUUUCUCUGCAUGGAUAAACUGCUGGAUCUGUGCACGGGAGUCCUUGUUGCAUUGUUUUUAUUAAUAAUGUGAGCUCAACUGCCACCACUUUAUAUAUUUUUUAUGUUAUAUAUAUAUAUUUUUUGUUUAAUUUAGGCUUGCAUCACCCUUGAUACUGUGUGGGGGUGCCUCUGGUUGCCUGCAGUUGGGGGACGGUGUUAGUUUGUGGAGCCAUUGUUUUGUGCACUAAACUGAAGGUCUCUGUUUCCUCCUGGGAGCCUCUGGAAGGAGAAACCUCUUCAGCAUCAUCUUCCUCAUCUGUCAUUGAAAGGAUUGCCAUGGCUACAAGUACCACUGGUUCCACACUGCUGCUCCCCCUCAGCCAUGCAGUGCAGCUGCCUAUAGACCAGGUUAACUUUGUAGCGUGCCAACUGUUUGCCUUGCUUGCUGCUAUCUGGUUUCGUACCUACCUUCAUUCAAGCAAAACUAGUCCUUUAAUCAGACAUGUAGUUGCUACCCUGCUGGGCCUGUACCUUGCACUUUUUUGCUUUGGAUGGUAUGCCUUACAUUUUAUUGUGCAAACCGGUAUCUCCUAUAUCAUCAUGAUCGUAGUAGGCGUGGAACAUAUGCACAAAUACUGCUUUGUGUUUGCUUUGGGAUACCUCACCUUGUGCCAAAUAGCAAGAGUCUAUAUAUUUGAUUAUGGACAGUAUUCUGCAGAUUUCUCCGGGCCAAUGAUGAUUAUUACACAGAAAAUAACAAGCUUGGCUUUUGAAAUCAGAGAUGGAAUAUUUUGUAAAGAAGAGACGCUGACUCCAUCUCAGAGACGUCUCGCUGUUGGACGCAUGCCAAGUCUACUGGAGUAUUUAAGUUACUGCUGUAAUUUCAUGGGCAUCCUGGCUGGCCCGUUAUACUCUUAUAAAGACUAUAUUACUUUCAUUGAAGGCAGAUCAUAUCAAGUGAAAGAAGCCGAAAUGAAUGGGAAAGAAGACCUAAAAUAUGAAUACAAAGAACCGUCUCCCAAUGCAGUAGUAAUACAUAAAGUUGUGGUCUGUGCUAUCUCCUUAGCAUUCUACAUGACUGCUACCCGGAUAUUACCUGUAGAGUACAAUAUCGAUGAACGCUUUCAGGAAACCUCAUCAGUGCCCACAAGAGUAAUAUAUCUUUACUUGUCUCUAAUGGCUGCAAGACCAAAGUAUUAUUUUGCCUGGACUUUAGCGGAUGCGAUCAAUAACGCUGCAGGUUUCGGUUUCCAAGGUUACGACAAACAUGGGAACGAGAACUGGGAUCUGGUUUCAAAUCUGAACAUUAAAAACAUAGAGUUUUCUACAAGCUUUAAGAUGUUCAUUGAUAACUGGAAUAUACAGACUGCAUUGUGGCUGAAGAGAGUCUGCUAUGAGCGUGCCACUCUCAGCCCUACCGCGCAGACCUUCCUACUCUCCGCUGUCUGGCACGGGGUAUAUCCAGGGUACUAUCUCACCUUCUUUACUGGCAGUCUAAUGACACUAGCGGCAAGGAACAUAAGAAACAAUGUCCGCCAGCACUUUCUAAAGUCACCGGAACUUAAACUAAUAUAUGAUGUGAUGACAUGGAUAGCGACACAAGUGGCAAUUAGCUACACAGUGGCACCUUUUGUGCUCUUAUCGGUGAAACCGUCACUACAGUUCUACAGCUCCUGGUAUUUCUGCCUCCACAUUAUCUGCUUAUUGGUGCUGUUAACCAUGCCAGCCCGGGCACGGAAAAAGGGUAGAACGGAAAAGGAACCCAUGGACCCUCCACUGCAGAAAGCAAAGAAGGAUGAAACCAAUUCAGAAAACAGCCAUGUCACCACAAACAACAACAGCCGCCAGCGCGAGGAGACAGCCUGGCGGCGCCCCAGCGCAGAGCAAUGACUGGCCGAUGACAUUUUCUAUGUUUUUAAAAUUCGAUUUUUAGAACCUCCAAUGGGUUUGUGAAUUGUGCACAGGACAAGAUGGUAUUACACAACAUUCUACGUAAGGAUAGUGCUGCACGGAAAGCUCCAACACCACAAUGCCAUGUGGGCCUAGCCUUACAAUAUUUCCAUUAUUUUAUAAUGGGCACUCAGGACUUGUAACAUACGUUCUUAGGACCGUAUUAUGUGCGUGUUCCUUUAACGAACAUAUGAUGUCUAAUGGCAUUGCAGAGGUUACACAAUUUGGGCACAAAAAAAGGUAGAGAUCCCGAAAUUAAUUCUUAACCCUUUGCCUUAAUCCCACUCUGUACUGAAUGAAGUUACUGACGUGUUGGAGGAGUGGGUAUAAGUAAUCAUUUUAUUAAUGGUGCUGCCAAUGAGAGUAGUGGCUUCUCUAAGUACACAGUAUUCUAAAGUAAUUCUAAGUAAUAGUAUGUAUAGAGCAGCUCUGAACUAACAUCACUAGUGAGGCACGUUGCCUUGUAGUCCCAGCCAUGCCAGGUCCACCUAGCCAGACCACAGCCAUGAAGUGAGGUGACCCAUGAGAAAGAACAUGUGGUAUGGUUUGGUAGGUUGCCAAAGCACCUUCAAGUUACCACAUUUAGCGUAUUAGCAUGACUUCUAUAGCAGGUGAAGUUCUAGAAUAGCAAGUUUCCAGGUCCCUACUCUUCUAGAUGUCUGUAUACACAGACGCAUUGUGUUGUUAUGUUGCAGUUUCAGAUGUGUGCGGAUAAUAUACACAGAGGCUGCUAAGGUUUUCA